AUGUUCGUUCGUUGGUUGAUAUUGACAAUAACUAUUGAUACAAUUUGCUUUCAGUGUGCUUAUUUCGGUCAGCUAGUAGGUGGAUUACAGAAAUCUUAUAACAAUGAAUUAAAGACUGAACUGGUGAAUUUAGCACGUCAACAAUUAAAUUCAAACACUCAAUUAGCUUCUAAACCUAUUCGAGUACUUGAAUUUUAUUCACAAAUAGUUGCCGGUACCAACUAUUGGUUAAUAUUUAUCGUUGGUGAAGAGCAAAAAUGUAAACUCACAGCCUACAAACCAUUACCUUACACUCAUAAACCAAUUCAAGUAACGUUUUUUAAAUGUGAUAAUAUCACAUCUAUUAAUCAAGUUACUAAAAAUAAUCAUUAA